AUGUUCGUGUUUGAAGCCGUUGAUGGCGGGACUCUAGCACUUGUGGACGUUGCCACAAAGAGUGAGCUGCCUUUUGACGAGUAUGUGGUGGUGGCUGGGCGCAUGCAGAGGUCUCGUCAGCUUACGUGUCUCGGCGGACGUGUCAAGCGUGACGGGAAGCGUCGUCUUCUGGUGGUGCCGUUGGCUCAAGCGCAAGAAACUCAAACUCCCAGUGUACAAGUACUUGAUGUGGGCGAAAUAGCUGUGAACUUCUUACAAGGAGUAAGAGCCUGCUUUCCAACGCUGAUAAAGAAAAAUCCCAUGGCGUUGCCAAUUAAUGACAGUGACUCGGACUCGGAAGAAGAGGAGGCGCACAAGAAGCAGAAACACGAAUCUGAUGACGCGGAGGCUACAAAAGCGCAGCGGUUUAUGGUGGAGGUGGCGGAAUACAUGAGCCAAAUUAGAGUCAAGGUGCUAGCGACGUUAGACGACCUCUUAAAUGCCUUCCAGAUUGCAGACCCUAGCAACGUUCACAUAUCGCUGCGCAACGAUCCAUCAGUGCCCAAGAACUGCCAGUUGUUGUGUAUGGACUGCCCUCCUCUCGCUACUGUGGAAGAUGAAGAGCAUGCAGCAGCGCCAAACGCGUUUUCGUCAUCGAAAAAUCCGCCAGAGCCACUAAAUUUCGGUGUCUUGUUUUCUGAAAUUGCAACAAGCAAGGAGAAAGAACAGUUUUUGCAUAUCCCAGUGCCCCGAUCGCCUCCAUUACCUGCUCCAGGAGCUCAAGGUGAAGACUACGUACAGGAAAGCUUCCAGGAUGCAACGGUUUUGACCUUUGGAGCCAAGCGCGAGUCCACAGCGCAUGGUGGUGGCAAAACUAGUGAUGAAAUGGUGAAAAAUAUCCGCAUGCGUCACGCUUCAGGCACUUUUUGCACGCUCGUACUUCCAACUAAGACUUGGGAUCAAGUUGCCGGGGAGCACAAGGCGUUUCUCCCGCAGGUGUGCGAGCUACAAGGUGCGUUGCGGCUGCGUCGUCUAAUGGGCAAUGCCCCGUGUGGAGUCCCUGUCGAGCUGUUACUUGAAGGCUAA